AUUUGUAGCUUUCUCUCUUAUGGGGCUGUAGUAUUCACUUCACACUCAUACAAUUCAAAUACUUUUUUUUUUGGGUCGCCGGAAAAUCAAGAUUCCGAUAACCCACAUCCCGGGACUAUACGAACGGGUGUUCUUGUGUGUGUGUAUAUAAAAAAGAAAAAGAUUGAAUUUUCCGGGCGUGGGUCCGGGUAGAACGGAGCCGGUGGUGAUGAAAAAUGGCGAAGGGUCGGAAACUUACGGCGAGCCGGAGCGAGAUGCUGUUAGGGAGUUACGGUUACAGUAACGGUCAUGAAACGGGGAACGAGGCGUCGGAGCUCGGGGAGGACGACGUGUGGCAAACGGUUGAGGAAAUGGUCAACGGGGACGAGAGUUUUGCGGAGGAUGGGGAGUGGAUGCCACGCGCCGUUCCCGAGAGUAACGGUGGGUUGGGCGGUUUCAGGAGCCGCCGGUACGGCCCACGUGCGGAGCACGAGCACCACCACCGGCGCCAGCAGGUGGGCGGGCUGUCAUUGGCGUUCGACGACUCCGGCGGCAAGACGGGAUCGUCUCGGAUCGUGCACCAGUUCCGGGGACAGCAAGAUGGCGUGGCGGCGGCGGCUUCGCCACGUGGGCGCCACGUGGCUGCCUCGGCGCCCGUGAACGUCCCGGAUUGGUCCAAGAUAUACCGAGUCAACUCGGUCGAGUCGUUGCACGACUCGGACGACGCCGUGGACGACAACGACGAAGAAAUGGUCCCACCGCACGAGUACUUGGCCCGGGAAUACGCCCGGAACCGGAAAACCGCCACGCACUCGGUGUUCGAGGGCGUGGGGCGGACGCUCAAGGGUCGAGACCUGAGCCGAGUUCGAGAUGCUGUGUGGAGCCAAACAGGAUUCGAUGGCUGAUUUGAUUAAACUUUCAUCAAUUCCAAGUUUUAGGGUUAAUGAGAUGGAUUAUUGUUACGUUACUAGUGAGGUAAAAGUGGGGAAUGGAUUAAUAUUGGUUAUUUCCUUAUUGAUAGAGUGAUGUUUUUCCUAGACAACGAUCAGGCCAUAUUGGUUCAAUGUUAACAACGAUUUAGACUCAAAAUUGUACCAAUUAAGUUGGAGUUUGGGAAAAAGUUUUUUGUGUCAUUUUUUUGCUGUGGAACAUAGUGAAAUCUGCUUCAGCUCAAUCAUGACUGGUUUUGAAUAGUGAGGCUAGCUUAGCUUAGUUAGCUUGCCUGGAUUUAUAAACUGCUGUGCCACUUCUGAAAUAUUAAUAAAUGAAGAUUGUUUAUGGUGAUAAA